AUGGAGAUUACUGAUCAGCAGCCAAAGAGAGUAGCGACGACGAUUAUGUUCUCUUGUAACUAUUGUCACCGGAAAUAUCACAGUGUACAUGCACUAGGAGGACAUCAAAAUGCUCAUAGACGAGAACGUGCAGCUACACUAGCUGCACUCACAGCUUUUAGUUAUUAUAAAGCAAGUUACGGCAAGAACCUACAGCGCCGCCAUGGAUUCUCAUCAUCAAGUACGAGUUCAUUAUCAUCUUCGUCAUCAACUUUUACUCGUAUCAACUUUAUCAAGAAAUCAUCACUAGGUAUCCAAGUUCGAUCCAUGGUACAAAAACCAGUACCUUAUUUAUCAUCACGGGAUUCUCGAUCCUCUUCUUGUUUCUAUGCGAAUGAUAAACACAACCACUCACACAACUAUACAUCUGAUUCUAUCCUGGCAGCUGGUCGGCCAAAUGACGUUUGCAAGCCAAACAAGGACAACCAACAAAAGCAAGCCGAAAAGAAAUAUAAGAAGAGACAUGACCUUGCUACUCCUAAGCCUUUGGAACCUCGUCGACAAGGUGGUCAAAAUUUGAAUGCUUCCCACCGAAGGGCCGCGGGGAGUAAAGCGAAAGGGAUCAGUAUCAAUGACCCACCACCUCCAGCGGAGCAACCAACACAUGAAGAAUCUGAUUCUGAUAUACCUACUGAACAAGAAGGUGGUGAGGAGGAGAUGAAUGUAGAAGAAGAAAGUCGUGGCAAGAAAGGUGUUGAAGAAGAAAGUGAUGAGAGUGAAAGUGAUUAA